AUCUCUUGCCAGAUUUUUUAGUUUCCCUUAAAAAAUAUGGCUACGCGCAGACCGAGCACGUAACUGUUUCUUGAAGUUCUCCCAUAAGUAAUAGCGAAUUUUAUGACGUCUGGACGCUGAACUUUAGUAACGUGGAGGCCUCGUGUUACAGAUUUGUUUACUCUUUAGAAAAUGGCCAAAAGCAUAAGGAGCAAAUGGAGACGCAAAAUGAGAGCAGAAAAGAGGAAAAAGAAUGCCCCCAAAGAACUUGCCCGGUUGAAGAAUAUCCUGGCAAAAGGAAAUGGAGAUGUCACAAUGGAUGACGUGAAAGAGAUUGCAACUGUUGUGACUGCAGAAGAAGUGAAAGAAAAAACAGAGAUGGACGCUGAAGCAACGGAUGAUGGUAAGAUGGACAUGGAUUUGAAGAGAAACAAAAAAAGCCUUCUAGAUCCGCACGGUCAGUAUCCAACAUGGAUGAAUCCACGGCAUAGAAAGAAGCUGAAGGCACAGCGUGGGAAAAAGAAAGGCAAAGCCAAGCUGUCAAAGGGAUUGGCUUGGUAGAUAUUUCAUGCACUACUCAUGCUCAGUAGUAUUCCUACCUUUCCUGGCAACAAGACUUGGAAAUUGUCACUACAUGCAAACUGCUUGGUUCAUCAUGGGUUUUGUAUGUACUAUAUCAUUUUUAAUAAUAAAAUAAAGCUCCCCAUGCAUCUUGGCACGGAUAACCGUUAACAAGGGAGUUUGAGUGAGCCAAAAAAGCAAGAAUAUCAUCUGACAAAGGGAAACCGAAUAUAAAUGCUGCAGUCCUGUUUUUGUGACUUAUUUUUACUGGCCAUACCUGACCUGCAGUGUAUCUUUUCAGCCUUUUAAAAUGGCAUUAAUGUGUGGAGUCAAUGCCUGCAUCUGUUUAAAGUCUGAAUAUGUGUUUAAUUUUGUAUGCUUCUGUUAUGCAAGCUCUGCAUAGCUCCAUGGGUAUUACAGAUCACAGAAGCACCAUUAAUACAGCUCAGAUAUGUUUUAAAUCAUGGAACAUAGGAGUUUAAUAACAACUGAUUGAUUAAACUAUUUCCAAAAUCA